GUCCAAGAAAUUUUUUGAAAACAUGAACUAAUAUCAAUUCAAACCUAAGCUAGACCCUAAACUCUUAACAUUAAACCGUAACACAAACCCUAAACCAUAAAACUAUUAUUAUUUAAUGGGCCUUCGGCCUAUGGGCCCUCGGCGGGCAGCCCUAACUAAGGUUGCAAGCCUUACGUGUUAGGACUUCCUAGUGUAUUUAAUUUCCUAGUGUGUUUAAUUUGAUGUAAGAAACAAUAUUUCAAUCCUUCACAAAUUGAAAACCGAACCAUAAACCAUAAAACUUAAACUCUAAAUUGGUGUAAUCAGUUUUGGGUGGUUGGGUUAUUUUGGGGUUUGGUAAAUAUUAGUUUAAUGAUGGAUAUUGGUUUGCGAAGGAAGAAUACUAGUUCAUUUCAACAAUGAUGCAAAAUAAUAUCAACACAACAGAGAAUAAUAUCGACUGAAAACAAAUAAAUAUCCACACAAACAAACAUACAUAAAUAUCACAUGGACUGCGAGCCCACAAUUUUCGUUCUCUCUCCACUCCUUUCCAAAAUCCGCCCAAACUGAAGCGGGCCCACAAAGCCACUUCUUCGGCUCGCCUUUUGCGCCGCACGUUGUGCCGGCUUUUACCCGAAGCCCAUCUCCAGCUCACUCAAGUGAGCCACCAACGAGUCCGUCUCUCCUCCGUUGGAUCAAAUAUGGGCCGACGUGGUACCAAAUCCAGCCCUGUGAGUAUAUGUUAACUAAUAUAGCAGUUAGCAGAUUAACUUCUGGGACAGGAGGGAAGGCAAGGAUGCCACGAACGAAUGCCCAAUAGAGAAGCAGCCGCUGACCAGGGGCAAGGAUACGACUUACGAGACAACCGUUGAGGUUGAGGUUGAUGAGUUCGAAGAAGAAGAUCAUGUCGCCAUCACAAGCACCAUAUCCAUCAUCACAGCGUCGGAGUCGCAAGAAUCGAAUCUGGCUAUUGCUUCUAUGCUCAGAGAAGAAAUUGUUGCGGCAGCCACACCACGACCUGCAGAAGCAACAAUAGUGGCGCCACCAUCACCACCCUGAGUUGUUGAACCACCAUCGAAGGUGUCUAACUCGCCUACGCUGAAUGAGGAAGAAGAAUCCGGAGAGAGAUGCCACACGACAGAGAUAGCCAAAUAUCCGGUUUAUCUGUUCGACGGGAAGAUGGCGGAGGAUCUCAGCAGGCAGCUGCCAUUUCGCCGCUUGUCGCCGUUGGAAGAUGUUCCGCACUGGCUGGGACCAAGGCUGGAGUAGUUGGGAAGAAGUCAACGCCGGAUUGUGUGACGAACUGGCGGUACAGGAAGAAGGAGCUCAGAGUGAGUGUCGGCAUCGAUCGACGACUUCAGUCAGAGAAGGCCGCCGGGUUUCUUUACAGGUAGAUCGGGUAGCGCAAGCGGCUCCAUCCGUGUUAGCGACGAUGGCUCCAACUGUGCAAUUAACGGCAGCUUCCGCCGUGCAAAUGUCGGACGUGGCGACGAUGAGGUUGGGAGGCGUGCUUGCUGAGGAGAAGUCGGAGGAAGGGCGACAGUCGAGGAAGCUCCGGACGGUGACGAGCUGCUGGCUUAACUACCCGUCGACGGAGAGGCUGAAGUCGCCGCCAACGGGAAAGAAGAAGAAAAGUGGCGGCGAUGGUCGAGGAACGAAGCCAGAGUCGGGCUUUGACCUGGUCGUCUUAAGAGGAGUCCGUCGUCACCGAAGAUGAAGGCGCUGGGAUCGCCACUUGCCCGCCUGGUGGGUGUACCACCGCCGAAGGAGAGGCUAACAACGAUGGAGGAGGAGGGCGGCGGGGAGCUUCUCGCGAACCUUCCGCUACCUCUUGCCCUAACCCUCACAACUCAGCAACAACUAGGGAUGGCAAUAAAACCCAUGGCCGCGGGUAUCCGACCGCCCCCGACCCAGUCAACGCGGGGAAUCCCCGCUUUGACCGGGUAUGGGGCGGGUAUGGGUAAAACCCGCAAAAAGUUUGAUGGGUAUGGGGCGGGUAUGGUUUUGACCUCCCCCGCCCCAUACCCAUACCCAUACCCGCCCCACCAAGAGAAUUUCUUUCACAUAUAAAAAAAUAUGUGGAUUAAAUUGUAAUCUAUCAAUGAUGAUGAGGAUAACUCAAGGAAAUAAAUAGUAGAAAUACAAUUGAGUGACCAUUUUAAUCAAAAUCUAAUUCAUUUCUCUUAAUUCUCCUUUCACUCUUUCACUUUUCCCCUUGUCUACAAGAUUAUGUUAGUUAAUUAUUACUUAGUAGAUGUAUAAGAGUUAGAAGAUAAUAAUUUGAAAAAUAUUAUACCCUAUAUUAUGUAUUAAUGGAUGUUUUAGGAUCAUAUACUUUGAACCGUAUUAAGAAAAUGAUUGUGUUUUGUUGACUUCAUGAUAUAAUAGGUUCGUUUAGAGUAAUAAUCAAAACUUUUCUUGUAAAUUUUAGGUAUAAUAAUGUUGAAAGUGUGGGUAUGGGUAUUACCCAUGGGUACCCGAGAGUAAUAAUCAAAACUUUUCUUGUAAAUUUUAGGUAUAAUAAUGUUGAAAGUGUGGGUAUGGGUAUUACCCAUGGGUACCCGAAACCCACGGGUAUGGGGAUGGGUUUGCAAAACAUUCCCCCGCAUGGGUAUGGGGCGGGUAUGAGUUUGGGUAUUUGAAGAUGGGGAUGGGGAUGGUUUAGACAAACCCGCCCCAAACCCGCCCCAUUGCCAUCCCUAGCAACAACAGAACGAAUGGGGCCAACUAAUGCGGGCCAAGUGUGCUGAUUGCCCAAUUGGAAUGGGCUGGUAUGGUGUAGAAGGCAGAAUAAAACCUUGUUGUGGGUUAGCUUGCGAGAAGAGAUCAGUCAUUGGGCCACAAAUGGAUAGGCUUACAAGGAAUCUUUUGUAUGAUUUUGGGCUGGACAAGAAGUGGGCCGGUUUUGGCCUCGGGUACGGGCCAAGUGAGGAAGUCUGCAACCAAUUUCAAAAGGGUUAUGGGUAGGGCUGUUAAUGAACCAAGCCGCUCAUGAACGACUCGGUGUGCGACUCGAGAAAAACUCGUUCGACACUCGAUUCGUUUUAAUCGAGCCGGCUCGCGAACAAGCUCGUUAACUAAACGAGCCGAACUUGAGCCAUACCAUGUUUAGCUCGAAAGCUCGCGAACAAGCUCAUUUAAUAGUUUGACAUAAAAAAAAGUUUAGAAUUCAUGGAUUUUAUGUAUUGAAAUUAGGAUAAAUAUUGUCUUUUACUUUGCUAGACUUUGCUAUAGGUUAGAAUGUAAUUUUGUGCACAGUUCUAGGUCAAUCUUGAGCUAUCAUGAACAUUUUAUGAGCUGAACUCGAUUUGGGCUCGUUAAGCUUAUUUGACGAGCCGAGCUCGAGCUCGAGCCUUCAUUUUCAUAAACGAGCCGAGCUCGAGCUUGCAUAUUAAAGCUCGUGACGAACACGAGCCGAGCUCGAGCCUGGAAAUAUAUUAACGAGCCGAGCCCGAACUAUGGCAAAGCUCGGUUCGACUCGGCUCAUUAACAGCUCUAGUUAUGGGCUGUUUCAUGUAGGGCUGGCUAUUUGGUCUCAGACUGUUUGGUUUUACCUGAAACCGAACCGUAUAACCCGGACCGGGACCGGACUGGGACCGGAUAGCAAACAAUGCAAUCUCAUAUUCGGGUUUUGAUUUGAGAUAAAAAAAAACCGGAUAAAGACCGGAUAAGAGACCCCAACACCAAAAAUCAAGAUAAAAUUGGGAC